AUGCCGGCUAAGCGUAGACGUGGAGCUAAGGGCGUGGUGGGAAGGGGCCCCAAUAGGACAGAUGUCCUUCCUUCCACUUCAGGCAACUCCACGGAGCCCACUGCUGCAGCCUCCACCUCUCAGUCCACCCAGCGUGGACCCAUGAGGCCAGAGAGAACUUGCAGGCAGCAGCAAACCCAGGGCAACAUGGCUCCACCAGCUGCAGUCCCUGACAAAAGCAAGAGAAAGAGGGACUACAGCAAUGUGGGGUCAGCCCAGGAGACCUCUAGGGAGAACCUCGGUGCGGUGGACCCAUCAGUGCUGAAAAGGACACGUGCUGAGCCCCGCACUACAAAGAGGCCGAGGAGGACCAACGCACCACCCAAUGAUGAAGCAUCCUUUAUCCGCAAAUACACCAUGGGAGACCUGCUUGGUAAAGGAGGGUGUGGAUGUGUUUGUGAAGGAAUCAGAAAUUCUGACGGAUUACAAGUUGCCAUCAAGCUCAUCCCCAAGGAGAAUGCAGGGGGUUAUAUAACUAUGCCUGACACCGGUGAACAGCUCCCUCUGGAGGUGGCCCUCAUGACCAUAGUGUCCAGGCCACCAGAGUGCCCUAACAUCCUCAAGCUCGUGGAAUGGUUUGCGUUGCCCACCAUGUUCAUUCUCAUCCUGGAGCGCCCCAUGCCCUGCAUGGAUUUAUACGAGUACUGCGAGACUUUGGGAGGUCGGCUCACUGAAAGCCAGGGGAAGCACAUCAUCCGCCAGGUGGUCCUUGCUUUGAAACACUGCCGUGACCGCAGCGUUUUACACCGUGACGUAAAGCAAGAAAACAUCCUGGUCAACACCGAUGAUGUGACGGUCAAGCUCAUUGACUUUGGCUGUGGGGAGCUGUUGAAAGAGGGCCCCUACAACGCCUUUGCUGGCACGGAGGCGUUUAGCCCACCCGAGUGGUGGCUGCAUAACAGCUACCAGGGCCGUCCGGCCACCGUCUGGUCCCUGGGUGUGCUGCUCUAUGUCCUCCUCUGUGGGGAGCUGCCAUUUGUGGACGACGUUGAGAUCGUCACCAGACGACUGCGUUGCAGGAGGGGUCUAUCCAGUGAAUGCCGUAAUCUUAUUCACUGGUGCUUGAAGAAAGACCCAUCCAAACGGCCAGUCCUGGAGGAAAUUCUCCAGCACAAGUGGCUCUCAGCCGACUAG